UGUCUUCGCAGCGCGCGCGUUCGCAUCGGAAAUCAGAAAAGCUGGCGAGCAUUUAAAAACAAAUUCGGCAAGUACAAUAGUUAGUUUUUUUCUUCAAAUGGCUAUGUCGUCGCAGGUUUUUCGUCUGCAAAAAUCGUCGUUAUAAACCUUUAAUCGUUUAUCGUUAUUUUCUUACAUUCGCGUUUUCGUUAUUCGUUAAAAAAAUACUUGUUACGCAUUUAAAAAAAAAAAAAAAACAAAAAUUCAAAGCAGUGAAACCCAAAACAACAAAAUUUUGGCUGCUUUUCGUGUUUUGCGAGUACGCGUGUGUUUUUGUGUGAGUGAGUGCAGCAAAAAAUAAAACCAAAAAGCAACAAAUAAAUAAAUUGAAAACAAAAGCAAAUCAAAGGCAAAAUUUUUGCAAAGCAUUGCCAAUCCGAAAGGUGUAAAUAAUUGAGCCAAAAACUUGGCCCUUAUGCUUAACCAAGCUCAAAUCAUAUGACUUCGUUUGAACAGCAGCAAAAUGACACUUUCAGCAACAAUGUGCAAAGAAAAUUCCAAUAAUUUACCACUGUUGUCACAACAUAAUCUCAAUUUGAAAUCUCUGAUUUAUGAGAAGGAACCAAGAAAUUACUAAACAACAACUGAAGUGAGUUGCAUUCGAAUUACAGAUAUCAAUAAAAAUGGCAACUGCUGUCUUGGAGGUUAAUGAAAGCAAGUUGGAGUUGGUAUGCGAUGAGUGCGACUAUUAUGGCUCAACAGACACGAUAUUUAUCGAUAACAGCACUCAAACUGAUGGCUAUGAUGACGAUGAAUCGGAGCUUAAGCCCCUGAAACCUAGAUUGAGUCAAAUUGUUGAAGAGGAUAUGGAAAUUGAAGGGGCAAUUAAAGAGGAAGUUGAAAUACAAGUGGAAACAAAUGGAAUGCAAAGCGAUGAUAAUGACGACAGUGAUGGAAAAGUUGCGAUAAAUGGUGACGAAUCGAAGGAGGAAGAGGACAUCUUAGAAAAAACUCUUGUAAAAGAACAUGAGCCAAAUGUUGUCGAGGUGCCAAUUGUAUCCGAUGAAGACGGGGAAAUCGAUGAUGUGGCCAGACUCACAGGUCUAGCUUUGGGUAUGGGCUAUGCCCGAAUCAUAGACUACGAUAACUUGCGCAUAAUCGAACAUGUUAUCGAAAGCGAUGAUGAGGACGAUAACGAUGAGACUGCAGCCUGUCACGACUUGGUGACUUUCAUAGGUGAAAGUUAUCAGGUAAUCGAAAGGUCAGGUUAUAGUCGUGAACCGCGGGCAAUUUUGCCGGUGGUGGACAACAAUAAUAAUAAUCGCAGCAGCGAAAUAUCCACAAAUGGCCGUGGGCCCAUCAGCGAUAGAUCGAGGUCCGGCCGCAAAGUGCAAAACGGAGAGCAAGCAAAUCAAAAGGCCUCCACUAGUGCAUCUGCAAUCAGCAGCAGCAGAAACAGCAGCACUAACAACACCACAGCGGCAACAUCUACCAGCAGUGCAUUGAUAAAGGCCUAUAAGUCGAAUCUUACCCCAUUGGCGCCACCCUUUCAGCCUGCUGCCUUGAAGGCCAAGCAACUGCAGCAGUCAUCGCUGGCUAGCGGCAACAUGUCGUCGGUUACGACGACAACAACAACGGCCUUGGGCUAUACCGCCUACGAGCAGACAACGGUUUAUUACCAGCAGCAAAUUCAACAGCAGCAGCAGCAACAACAGCAGCAACAGCAACAGCAACAGCAACAGCAACAGUUGUCACCCAAGCAGCAGCAGCAGCAACAGCAACACUGUGCUCAACAUGCCGGCCUGCCGCAUAUUCAUGGCGCCCAGCUACUGCCCGUGCAAUUGAUUACCUUGCAACCAAAUGGAGUAACAGCAGCAGCUGCGGCAGCCGCAGCAGCAGCAACAGCAGCAGCAGCCGCCGGAGCAACACCGGCAGCAACAGCAGCGGGUGGUGCCACAGCAACAUCUUUGACUGGCGCCGCUUGGCCACUUGUGGAGGCGCCAAUUUACAUCGACAUCAAUGGCGAAUAUCGCAGCUUUUGCCCGGCACAUGGACCGCCGGCAGUGACAGCCCCAAAUGGCGCCAUUGCCCAUCAUCCCCAAAUACACACUCAUACCCAUGCCCAUUCACAUGGCCAUCCCCAUCCCCAUCCCCAUCCGCAUCACGCAGCACAGCAGCAACAGCAACAGCAGCUUCAUCAUCACCAUCAGCAACAUGGGCAGCAUCAGCAACAUUUGACGCCAGCGGCUGUGACAAAUGUUAAUGGAAACAUUGCACAGGCAGCAGCAGCGGCGGCCGCAGCAGCAACAGCGCCUAGAUUGCUGCUGCAACUGGACGCAGCAACUGUCCAGCAGCAACAACAGCAGCAGCAACAACAACAAAUCGUGGCCGCUAGCAAGCGUAGCAAAGUUUAUCGAGAUUCGGGAUCAAUAAUUUAUUUGCUAAUUCGUUUCUCCCUGUGCACCUCCUACUACCCCCUUAAAUCGCCACCCCCUAGCCUGCUAUUCGGAACAAGUUGCAAGUCGCCGCCGCAUCGCUAA